CAAAAAGUAAUAAAGAAAAGCAAAAGAAAAUUGGUGAAAAAGGAGCAAAAAAGGAAGUUGGUAAAGAAGGAGCAGAAAAAGAAGCAGAAAUUAAUAAAGAAAUGCAAAAAGAAGUUGAUAAAAAAAAGCAGAAGAAAGUUGGUAAAGAAGAAGCAGAAAUUAAUAAAGAAAUGCAAAAAGAAGUUAAUAAAGGAAAGCAGAAGGAAAUUGUUG